AUGGAGAGCGCCACACCACAGAGUCAGGACCAUGGAGAGCGCCACACCACAGAGUCAGGACCAUGGAGAGCGCCACACCACAGAGUCAGGACCAUGGAGAGCGCCACACCACAGAGUCAGGACCAUGGAGAGUUUCACACCACAGAGUCAGGACCAUGGAGAGUGCCACACCACAGAGGCAGGACCAUGGAGAGCGCCACACCACAGAGUCAGGACCAUGGAGAGCGCCACACCACAGAGUCAGGACCAUGGAGAGCGCCACACCACAGAGUCAGGACCAUGGAGAGUUUCACACCACAGAGUCAGGACCAUGGAGAGUGCCACACCACAGAGGCAGGACCAUGGAGAGCGCCACACCACAGAGUCAGGACCAUGGAGAGCGCCACACCACAGAGUCAGGACCAUGGAGAGCGCCACACCAGAGUCAGGACCAUGGAGAGCGCCACACCACAGAGUCAGGACCAUGCAGAGCGCCACACCACAGAGUCAGGACCAUGGAGAGCGCCACACCACAGAGUCAGGACCAUGCAGAGCGCCACACCACAGAGUCAGGACCAUGGAGAGUGCCACACCACAGAGUCAGGACCAUGGAGAGCGCCACACCACAUACACAAUCUUCUCAGUGACAGCUCCCCCUGCCUUCUGGGAGUGGUACUGUGGGUUCAGCCUCCUCCUCAGGGCUCCCAGGACCUGAGGCUUCGGCAGGGGCCUGGAGCUGUGUGUGUGCAGAUCUGUGACAGAGUGACAGCUCCUGGAGACGAGGACUUCACAAACUGCUGGAAAUAA